AUGCCUGCGACUGUCUCUACGGCUCGGGAGAGGGCCGAUGCCAAGGCUGCACAUUCCUCGACGUACAAUGCACACAUGAACGGCCGAGGCGGAGGAGAGGACCACCAAACAAACACGCACAGCAACACCGGCAGCAACACGAGCAGCAAGUACAACAACAGCAAGCAGUUGUUGCCGCUUCGGCUGCCAGUCAGAGGAGUCCCCGCUUCAUCCUCGACCCACAUUCAGACACCCCAGUCUCAUACUCACACUGACUCUCAUUCUCACUCUCACUCUCACACCACCGCCACACCUCACUCAGCAACAGACUUGCGCGCCAUCAUCGCAGGCGCGCCGAGUCCCAACAACAACACGGGGUCCCACCACAGCAACCGUCUCGCCCUCUUCGCCCCCGAUGACCUCGUCCAGCGAAUGCUACACGACUGGUUCGAAAAAGUCCACGCCCUCGCUCCCGUCCUCCACCGGCGGCGCUUCCUGCACCGCCUGAAAACCGGCGAGGCAAACACCGACCGCACCUUUUGCGCUCUUGUCGUGAGCGUCUGCGCCGCGACGGUGGCGACGCUGCGGAGGGCCGAUUACAGCCCCGUCACGGUCGAGCGGUGCCUGGACUUCAUCGAGGAGCAGCACCUGCUCGACCAUGGCCUCAGGAAGCCUGUCUACUCUCUGGACUGGUGCGUCGCAAUGUACAACAUCGGCACGUCAGCCAGCUCGAUGAACGAGGACGGGCUGGGGGACAUGGGGUCGUUCCAUGGUAUGUCCGAGGCGGCGGCGGGGGCGAGGUUCCUCGCAUACUACCGCAUGGCGGACCUGGAUAUGUCCGAGCAGCAGCUGCUCAAGAGGCUCUUUUGGCUGAUCUUUGCGGCAUAUUGUCGAGAUGAGGAACAGUCUUCGGUUGACGUUUUCCAUCAUCUGAACAGUAGUGCGGACAUAUUCGGGAGGCUGUCCGUUAGCAUUGUCUCUCAUCAAGAGAAUCGCGCCCACCUGCGCCCUUUACCCCUGAGAGAUUCACAACUCGAGACGGGGCCGCAGCUAUCCCACGCGGAAUUACCGCCGUGGCAUGGCGAUACGACCUCCUAUGUCCCGGGAUUGAAUCAGCUAAGUGACCUCUUUCUGAUAUGGCAUGAGGCGCAAACCGCUCCCAUAAGCCUCUAUGGCGGCCAGGAAGAAGCCCUCAAGCACUGGCUCGCCAAGAUUCAAACAAUCAUUGACAACUUCCCGCCCGAACUGCGUUGGCGCGGGGGCCUGUCUCGACCAUCUCACAUAACAGAGAGCCACGACACACAAAUCGCCAACCUCUUCAUCACCAGCCUCAAUAUCCGCUCCAAUCUCUUGCAAAAGUUCGGGUCAACGGUCAAGACGCGCGCGGCGGAACACCAGCGCAUCGUCGACGACCUGCUCGAGAUUCUGUACCACAUGCCGCAGCACGUCCUGGAGCAAAACGGCAACAGCCUGAUCCCGAAGUUGAGGGACUGCGGGGCGGCGUACAUGGAGCAGAUGGACGUUGGUGAUGGCGCGCUGGUGAGCGAGAGUGCUAGGCUUAAGUUGGAGAAGUUGCUGCGGAAGCUGGAUGAUAUUGACUGCUGGCCUGGCUUACCUGGGAUAGAAAGUCCGCAGAGUAAUAGGCAAUGA